GCCAUGGCCCAGUUGCUGAUGGUCACGGUAACCCUCGGUUGCAUCAGCCUCCUCUACCUGCUCCCCGGCACGCUGUCUGGCGGCCUGGCCAAGGGACUGAGGCUCUCCAGAUCCAGAGAGUCCCCAGCCAAGAUUCCUUCCAGUGGCCUGCACCCUGGACACCCUUCACUCCGGCCUCGUCAUGCUCCCCAUCCACAGGGAAGGGGCAAUCCGGCCCUUGCCGUGGUUCAUCUGCAUCAGGGUGGUGGCUCACGACAGCCAGGUUCCCAGCGACACUUGGGAUCCCGAAGACCCCAGGCCCAGCUUCUUCGGGUGGGCUGCGUACUGGGCACAUGCCAAGUCCAGAAUCUCAGCCACCGCCUGUGGCAGCUUGUCCGGCCCGCUGGCCGGCGGGACUCAGCUCCAGUGGAUCCCAGCAGCCCCCACAGUUACGGCUGAGCCAAGAGUCCAAGAAGGGGAGAUGGACCACAAAUCACAAUCAAGAGGAGAACCAAACUGACCAAAAUCACAAGCCUUUGCUACAAAGACUCUGUUAAAGGAAACAAACAAACAAACAAAAGUCAGGUUGGGGGGAAGGGGAAGGAUGAGCCAUUAAUCACAACCUGGGAAUAGGUUCCUGGUACAAGGUCUUUACACGUGUUAUUUCACCCAAACCUUGCAAUUGUCCUGUCAGAGCAACAGGGUUCCAAAAAGAGUUGUUUGUUCCUUA